CGGCUGUGAUCUUUACAAGAUUCAUCCAGAACAACUGAGAAGGGGAAGGGUCUGAAGCGCUUGAAAUGUCCCCUCUUUCCCUAGUGCCCUCCCUAUUUUAGCGCUCUCGUUAAGCAAAGAUGGCCACCAAGCCAGACAGUUGAACAUGCCUGAAGAAUCUUGAUGGCUCAAGCAAGUGAUGGAGCCAUCGCUUUCUUGGACUUCGAUGAACUGAAGUAAGCUCUCACAAAAUUAAUUGAUCCACACAAACCAACCCUUGACUUCCCCCCACCACCAUUGGAUGUCCACAUCAAUCUCACCUCCAAGCAAAGCAUGUGUGAAACUCAACACAGUUGAAUCAUGAUAAGUGUGGGUAGAUAUCAUGGGUUUUUCCUCCCGCUGGCAACCAGCAUUGCAUUGGUGGUCUUCACCCUUUCCACUAUACAUGGCAGCUCAUUGCUUCCUCCAGCAUAUUCCUCUUACGAGGUGAUAAUCCCAAAACAGUUAGCAGCCCGAGAAGGGAAGACAAAGAAGGAUGAAUUAUCUUACAUCAUCAAGGCAGCAGGAAGGGAUUACAUCAUCCGGCUCAACCCCCCAAAGCCUUUGCUAGCUAAAAACCUUCCAGUCUUCACAUAUAAUUCGAAGGGGGAACGCGUUGAGAGCCAUCCCUACAUGCCAGUUGAAUGCUACCGUCAAGGUCACGUGGAAGGUAUUGUUGGUUCUCUCGCAGUUCUUAGGACCUGUCUUGGUCUCACUGGUUUGUUGAAAAUCGGUGCAAGAAUUUAUGGCAUUGAGCCUCUGCAGAAUUCCUCUGCCUUUGAACACCUUCUCUACCUCUCUGAAGAAUUGCAACCUAUUUUGUCAUCCUACAGAGCAGGGGUGGGACGUACAAAGCACCAAGCAAAAGAUCUGCGGACCAGACAAACCACAGCGACAUACAAUUUCCUCCAGUUCGAAGAUUUCCCCAAAUAUAUCGAACUAUAUGUUGUAGUGGACAAAAACGUAUUUGCCCAAGAAGCAAAUAAUGUCAGCAAAGUGCAAACUGUAGUGCUGGAUGUGGUGAACAUAGCCGAUGCCACCUUUGAGGGUCUCAAGACACACAUUGUCCUAGUUGGACUUGAGAUCUGGACUGAAAACAACCUAAUAGAUAUUUCAACAGACAUCAGGAAAGUUCUUAAAAAUUUCAAUCAGUGGAGAAUAACCAGCACGGCCAACAGGACAGCGUAUGACACAGCCUUCUUAUUCCUUCAACAGACUUUUGAAGAUACCUUGGGACAGUCCUACCACUCUGCUAUUUGCGAGCCCAAUUUUUCAGCAGGACUCCAAGUCUACCUCCAGAACCAACUGAGCCGCUUCGCAAGGGGAUUUUCUCACGAGUUGGCCUCCCAUAUUGGGAUGAACCAUGACGACGCCUACUGUGUCUGUGGCAAACACACAAGCUGCAUUAUGCACACGUACUACCCCUCCGUCGACCUGUUCAGUAACUGCAGCAUUCUGGAUUUCAUAGACCUUUCCGAACAGGGCCUCUUGGGUUGCUUGCUAAACGUUCCCCAGAUACCUUCCAGAUUUGAGAACUGUGGGAACGGGGUUUUGGAUGUGGGCGAACAAUGCGAUUGUGGGGGGAAAAACACAUGCGUACACGAUCCUUGCUGCACUCUUGAUUGCCGUUUGACAAAAAAUGCCCGUUGUGGGACAGGAAAGUGUUGCCGAAAAUGUAUGUUCAUUCCCAAAGGAGAAAUCUGCCGGGCUAAAGCCAAUGAAUGUGACCUCCCCGAAUACUGUAAUGGGAAAUCUGCACAUUGCCCCAAGGAUUUGUAUCUGCAGGACGGAACACCCUGUAGCAAAUACACUUCUUACUGUUACAAAAAGAGGUGCUGGAAUCACGAUUUCUUGUGCCGCAGGAUCUUUAAAGGACAAUCCAGGUCAGCUCACGAGAGAUGCUACCUCGGUCUGAACAUCCUGGGGACUCCCUAUGGCAACUGCGGCAUUCACCCUUCCAGGAAAGGCUAUUUGAAAUGCAAUCCCCUGCAUAGCAUGUGUGGAAAAGUUCAGUGUGUCAACGUGGAAUCUCUGCCGAACGUGAGAGACAUGGUGAUCCAUAAGAACGAAGUGCAAGGGAAGGUGUGCUGGAGCGCUUCACAUCUCACCGAAAUCCAUCACCAUGACAUCGGGUCGGUCCCGAACGGCAUCAUGUGUGACCCGUACAAAGUGUGCAUCAAUCGCAAAUGCGUCUCCAAAGCCGUACUUAAUUCGAGCUGCGACCCGCGGCAAACCUGCCGAGGCAGAGGCGUCUGCAACAACCUUCACAAAUGCCACUGCAAUAGCGGAUGGGCCCCUCCGAACUGCAAGUUUUGGGGUGCAGGAGGGAGCAUUGACGGAGGGUUUCCUGUGAUUGCCUGGGGCAGCUCCUUGGCAAAAUACAUCCUGGGAACCAUCAUUCCUUUUUGCAUGUUGAUUGUCGCGGCUGUUCUUUUGAUUUUUCCAAAAGUGUGGGAACUCGGGGGAUCAUUUCUGAGGUGGUGGAAAACUCAUCGUAAAGUUAGCAGCCUGUUCAGAUAAAACUCAGAACUUUCCAACGUGGAAAACGGCAUUGAGAGCAAAACCCAAAUGGUUAAGAUAGUUUGGGUCACUGCAACAUCAAAUCCAAUACUUUCCUCUAUUGAAAAAGGGAAAAGGAAAGGCAGGGGGGUGGGGAGGGCAGGGCAGGUAAUAAAAUCACUUGCAAAUCAAACUUGUGAACGUGCCUGCUAAACAAUGCCUCUUCUUAAGCGUCUCAGAAUGUCAGGAAAUGCACGUGGAGGGAAUUUAUUCUGUACGACUCCAGUGAUGGAAGGGAGGGAUCCCCAAAAGGUAACCUCUUCUGGGCUACGAAAACUACAAGAUAAGAGAGUUCAGGAGGAAUGAGGGAAGAGACUGCAGUCGUGGGGCUGAGAGAACU